AUGCUGAUUGCGAAAGAUUUAAAGGCCAUCGACAAGAAUUGGACAGCCCUCCGACCUCGUGGUAAAACCUCCCAAGUCGGUCCGGGCGUCGUCGUCAUGAAGUUCGGCGAGCAGUUGCGGUCAAGCAUCAUCCGAGAGUACCAGUGGUACUACAUCGACUACAAUGGCCUCAAGGGCGAGCUGAGAGAUGCUACAGGCCCUCUGGCCGCGAAUGGCUCCGGCCACAAGGAGUGGACCGAGGAUGACGAGACGCGCUUCGUGGGCAAGCUGGAGACGGAGCUCGAAAAGGUUCACACCAAGCAGCAGGUCAAGGCCAUGGAGAUUUCUCGCCGUAUUGCUGUCAGCGAGCGCGAGGUCAAGGACGUUGUCAACCGAUUGAACGAGCGCGGUCUCGGCGAAGAUGGGCCUAGCGAAGAGGAAUUCUUGCUGCUGGAGGAGGACCUUAGUGACAUCAUUGCCGACGUCCACGACCUGGCCAAGUUUGUCCAGCUCAAUUACACCGGCUUUUACAAGAUUAUCAAGAAGCACGAUAAAUUGACCGGAUGGCACCUCCGUCCCGCUUUCGAUACCCGACUCAAAGCCAAGCCCUUCUACAAGGAAAACUACGACGCCUCCGUCAUCAAGCUGUCCAAGCUGUAUGAUCUCGUUCGAACAAGAGGUAACCCAGUCAAGGGUGACAGCGCGGCCGGUGGCUCCCAGGCCAGCUUUAUCCGACAGACGACCAAAUACUGGGUGCAUCCCGACAAUGUGACGGAACUCAAGCUCAUUAUCCUCAAGCACUUGCCUGUCUUAGUUUUCAAUGCUAGCAAGGAAUUUGAGCAGCAGGACCAGGCUAUCACAUCCAUCUACUACGAUAAUCCCGAGAAGUGGGAUCUCUACGAGGGCCGUCUGAAGAAGACCGAAGGAGCAGAGGCUAUUCGACUUCGAUGGUAUGGUGGCAUGAAGACUGAGACCAUCUUCGUUGAGCGGAAAACUCACCGAGAGGAUUGGACUGGAGAGAAGUCGGUCAAGGCUCGAUUUUCUAUUAAAGAGAAGAAUGUCAACGCCUACAUGAAGGGCGAGCUGCUGCCCGCUGCCAUUUUCGAAAAGGCUCGCAAGGAGGGCAAGAAAUCGGAAAAGGCCAUUGCCGAGGACGAGAGACUUGCUGCAGAAAUCCAGUACUCCGUGCUGAAGCGCGGAUACAAGCCUGUCUGCCGCUCUUUCUACAACCGAACCGCUUUCCAGUUGCCUGCAGAUGCUCGUGUCCGAAUUUCUCUGGAUACUGAGCUGACCAUGGUUCGCGAAGAUAACCUGGAUGGCCGUGCUCGCUCUGGUGACAACUGGAGACGCAUGGAUAUUGGAGUCGACUACCCCUUUUCGCAGCUGCCUCCUGAAGAUGUCGUGCGCUUCCCCUACGCUAUUCUUGAGGUGAAGCUCCAGACACAGGUUGGACAGGAGCCGCCGGAAUGGAUCAGACAGCUCAUCUCAUCUCAUCUGGUGGAGGCUGUUCCCAAGUUUUCCAAAUUCAUUCACGGCACUGCCUGCCUGUUCCCUAACCGUAUCAAGCUUCUUCCUUUCUGGAUGCCUCAGAUGGAUGUCGAUAUCCGCAAGCCCGUUACCCACGACUUUGAUGACGAAGAAGAAGAACUUGAUUCUGAUGACGAGGAGCUGGAUGCUGUCCGUCGCGGUGCCGGUAAUGGCGAAUCUAGCAGACACGGGGCUAGGCUUCGUGGCCCUGCUACCGACAUGGAAGGCCAGACGGUUGAUUUGCCAACUGCAAACGAAGACUACCCCAUCUACGACUCUGAUGACGAGUACGACGAAAAUUACGAGCUGGAAGAGGCCCGUAGAGUCGGUGGCUGGCACUACUACCGCGUCCUCUUCUCAACAAAGGCCAGUGCCGCGGCUUCGGGUGCUUGGAGCGUCUUGAAAUACGUCAUUCCGCACCCCCACGGAAGCGAAAUCCCUCGGUCUGAUAGAUUAACAACGCUCUUCCGCAACAGCACGAUCCAAAACAAGAGGUUUAAAGCGCCUCCGGGCAAGAAGAUUUAUGUUCCGGUUCGCGUAGAGCCCAAGGUGUAUUUUGCCGCCGAGAGGACGUUCCUUGGAUGGAUUGAGUACUCGAUUUACAUUGGAACUAUUGCCACUACUCUUCUUAACUUUGGAGAUCACCCUACCCCUACCGCCUUUUGGAUUGCUGGCAUUUUCACCUUUUUAGCCAUCUUUAGUCUUCUCUACUCCGUGGGUAUUUAUCUCUACCGAAGCCGAUCUAUUCGCAACCGCAAGGCUGCUCGCUACUAUGACCGUUGGGGACCUAGUGUGCUCUGCGUUGCUCUGUUUGUGGCUGCCGGGGCCAACUUUGUAUAUGAAGGCCGGGAGAGAAAGUACUGGUAA